AUGGAGGGUCAUGCCGAGCUUUACAACAUCGAUGAUGGCAAUGGCACUACCAAAAACUUUUUAUCAGCCGGGCUAACACAACUCCGGUUUCUUUACAUCAUCUUCUCCUUCAGUUAUUUAACUCUUCUAGGGUUUUGGAUCUUAGUAUGCUUCAAGAACAGGAGAAUCUUUAACAGGACCCAUUUACUAAAGGGUGGGCUGCUUCUUGUGAAUUGUGUUCACUUUAUGUGUGUUGCUGCGGAUCUACAUCAUGUGAAGAUGACAGGAACUGCUCAUGGAUUGGAUGUUGUGUUUUUCAUAUUUCAGCUAAUGACGGCUGUUCUUUUGUCCACCGUGAUCGUGUUGAUUGGUGCGGGAUGGUUUUUCUGGAAGCCGUUUUUGAAACGAGAGGAAGAACUGGUUUUGAUGAUUGUGAUCGUGCUUGAGGUUUGGGCUAAUGUAGAUCCAAUAAUGCCAUGGGAAGCUGCUGUACCUUAUAAUAACAAAAACGGGUCGCUGGCAGAUGUCAUCUACUGCUUUGCUAUUUACUUCUCCAUAGCCUUGUCGAGUAUCUUGUUGGAUGAGAUUCGUGAGACUGAUUUGAAUGGUAAUAAGAAUAAGUUGUGGUUAUUUAUGAUGUUGACUAUUGUGUAUGUGCUCAUUACGAAGCUUUUUCUUCUUGCAUUGUCUACACGGUGGGAGGUUUAUGUGGUAAAGGAGACCACCAUUCUUGUGUUCUGUAUGUCGAUUCUUUACAUUUUCAGGCCAGGUUAUAGAGCGAGGAUCACAAAUGCUGCGGAGACUACUGGGCUUUCAACUUCCAACUCGAUUUCUUGUUUUUAUAGUCCUGUCUAG